UCUUGCCGUCUAGCGCCUACCAAUGCCCUUGCCCUUUUGGACUUCGAUUCAAGCGUAUCCAAAGUAAUUGCUACUUCGAGCGACUCGGCAACAACUUUAUCCAUGGUAAAGCAGGUACAACUUCGACCACGAUGAACAUAAAAGGAAGGUGAAAUUUGGCUUAUUGUUCAUUGUGCAUUUACAGUGAUUACUGAGAUCCCAAUUUGGCAAAUUCUCCUUUGUCCCAUUUCCUUGAACCACAUUUACCACGAUCUGCACGACGAAGAUGGUUGAAUUUGGUGGUCAAUGUAGAUCUAAGGUGGAUGGCCCUGUCCAGGAUAAAAUUGGUAUAAAAGGCUCUAGCUGGAAAUCUUACAGAAUCCUCUUAUCACGAUGGCUUUAUUCGAAACCUUUUCUAAUACUUCUACUGAGAGCCUCCUUGGCACACAAUACCUUUCUGUGUCGAGGAGGGGUUCAGCCCCCGCUUCCCCGAUGUCUUCGACUUUCUUCGACUCCGAUCUCCUGGCACGCUCGAUUUCACCUGUUCCAUCGAACUAUGCCCUUUAUACUCGGUCCAGACCUACCUCCACCGAUUCCAGCUUCUUCGAUUUUCAAUCGUUCGUGCCCGUUACUUCGAACCAUCCUCAGGUUUCUGCCGCUGCAAACAAUAGCACCGGUUUGAUGGACCAACUCGCCGGUGCUCUUCGUCGGGUUGAGGAGAAUAACCAGAUAUCUCCUCUGAUCGACGACAAGGCGAGUUUUAUGUCAAAGCAAACAACAAGAUCGAGGGUUAUUAGACGCUCUGACGUGGUCGUUGAGGCGAUCACCGAUGGUGAACAAGGACUGCUCGACGUAGUUCCUGUUACCGAGGACCAAGCGGAGAACAAGAAAAAUAGAAGGUUCCUACCUAAAUUCUUGCGGCGGGCAAUGUCGACCAGCGGGGCGCUGAACGCUCAGAUUCUUGAUCGGAAGACCGCCUUCUCCAAACCUGGACACAGUCCCUUAACGCCGUCCAGCCGCGCUAACACUGUUCCAACCUCUGUAAGCAAAGGAAAGGGAAAGGCGCACUCGAUGUUCCGGUUCCGAGGGCAUCAAGGUGAAAAGCCAGUGCAAGCCCCUCCUCCGCUUGUUUUACCUGACGAAAUUGUCCAGAGACGUCGUCAGGUUCGCCGCAGCGGUUCUUUCGCCGGUUUCUCCACCUCCCCCUUCGCUCCUAGCUCUCCUAUUGUUUUCCGACAUCAUGGAUUGUUCAGCAACACUUGUGCUGAGCCUGUUGGUGCCGAUGGUGAUGAAGACGAGUUGGAUGCUCUGACUCUUGAGGCAACGGCGCUUUCUGCCCAGAUUGGGCAGCGUUGGAUGUAUGCUGAAGAUUAGGUCUCGGCGUAACAGGUUUUCUACUUCCCUUCUGUGCUAUGCAUGCUACUGUUAUUAUGCCCACUUUCUUUGCAUGCUCUCAUUUAUGGUCUUCUAAUUGCCU